GGGGAAGCGCGGAGCGCCGCUCUCCGCCCCCAGAGCCCCGGACAGGCUGGUGGCCCAAGGACCCGGCUGGUGGCCCGGCAGGACCCUGCGGGACGGGCUGGUGGCCCCGCGGGGCUGGCUGGCCCGGCAGGUGGCUCAGCCCCGGGAAGGGGAGGAGGCUGGCGGCGCUCCCAGCCCGGCAUCCCUCCCCGCCGGCUGCGAUGCUCAGUCCCGGCUCAGCCUGGCAGCAGGGAGGGCACACGAGCCUGCGGAGGACAUGGGCGACAACAACCGGACGGAGGCCUGGCAGCAAAGCCUGCAGGCAGUGCUGACCGCCCUGAACCGGAGCGCGCAGGGGGCCGUGCCCUGCCCCGGGCAGCCCCCGCGCGGGGGCCGCGGCCGCAACGACAACGCCUACAUGUACAUCCUGUUCGUCAUGACGCUCUUCGCCGCCACCGUGGGCAGCCUCAUCCUGGGCUACACCCGCUCCCGCAAGGUGGACAAGCGCAGCGACCCCUACCACGUCUACAUCAAGAACAGGGUCUCCAUGAUCUGAGCCUGGCCCGCGCCUCGGGCCGGGGAGCUGGGCUCGGGGUCACCGUGCUCUGCACACCCCGCUCGCUGUGUGACAGAGCUGCUGGGAACCCCCCAGAGCUGCUGGGAACCCCCAAAGCUGCUGAGAACUCCCCCAAAUCUGCUGGGAACCCCCCAGAGCUGCUGGGACCCUCCAAAGCUGCUGGGAACCCCCAAAGCUGCUGAGAACACCCAGAGCUGCUGGGACCCCCCAAAGCUGCUGGGAACCCCCAAAGCUGCUGAGAACGCCCAGAGCUGCUGAGAACCCCCAGAGCUGCUGGGAACCCCCCCACGGAGGAGCUCAGUCCUGGUGGAGCAGCGCUGGGAUGUCCUGGCUGGCAGGAGCUGGAAGAAUGUGACCUGCAAGCAGGUCCUGUUCCCGUAGACCCACCCCGGCUCCACCCUGGGCUCCUUUCCCACCGUGGCCUUUGGGGGCUGGCAGGAGCCUUCAAGGACAGUAUUUCCCCAUUUCCCUACUCAGAUCAGCUGGCAUUGACCUCCCUGGGCUCCCAGCAGCUGUGACAGUGGUCAGCAGGUUUUUCUGCUGCUAAAACCCUGUAAUGUUUGAGCCCAGGCCCCUGGGCUGGGCCCUGCUUUUCUGGCAGGGAAUUAAAGGAGGUGGUGGGUUCCA